AAGAGUCAUUCCAAGAUGGCGUCUCUGAAUGACAGAUCAGUUUGGGACGAGGUUGAGGAUGGCAUCGGCGAGGAGGUCCUCAAAAUGUCCACUGAAGAGAUUAUUCAGCGGACGCGUCUCCUGGACAGUGAAAUAAAGAUAAUGAAGAGUGAGGUUCUGAGAGUAACCCACGAACUUCAGGCCAUGAAGGACAAAAUCAAAGAAAACACGGAGAAGAUCAAAGUGAACAAGACUCUGCCCUACUUGGUUUCCAAUGUCAUUGAGUUGCUGGAUGUGGACCCAAAUGACCAGGAGGAAGAUGGAGCCAACAUUGAUCUGGACUCUCAGAGGAAAGGCAAAUGUGCUGUCAUUAAAACCUCGACAAGACAGACAUACUUCCUCCCUGUCAUUGGUUUGGUUGAUGCAGAGAAACUGAAGCCUGGAGACCUUGUGGGCGUGAACAAGGACUCAUACCUGAUCCUGGAGACUCUGCCCACGGAGUACGACUCUAGGGUGAAGGCUAUGGAGGUGGACGAGCGUCCCACCGAGCAGUACAGUGACAUUGGUGGCCUGGACAAGCAAAUCCAGGAGCUAGUUGAAGCCAUCGUUUUGCCAAUGAAUCACAAGGAGAAGUUUGAGAACCUGGGCAUCCAGCCGCCCAAGGGGGUGCUGAUGUAUGGACCCCCAGGCACUGGCAAGACCCUGCUGGCAAGAGCUUGUGCCGCCCAGACUAAGGCCACUUUCCUGAAGCUCGCCGGUCCACAGCUGGUCCAGAUGUUUAUCGGUGAUGGGGCCAAGCUGGUCAGAGAUGCUUUUGCUCUUGCCAAAGAGAAGGCCCCCUCAAUCAUCUUCAUCGAUGAGCUUGAUGCCAUUGGAACUAAGCGGUUUGACAGUGAGAAGGCUGGAGACAGGGAAGUUCAGAGAACCAUGCUAGAGCUCCUCAACCAGCUGGAUGGUUUCCAGCCCAACAUGCAAGUCAAGGUUAUUGCUGCCACAAACAGAGUGGAUAUUCUUGACCCAGCGCUCUUGAGGUCUGGCCGUUUGGACCGCAAAAUUGAGUUCCCAAUGCCCAAUGAGGAGGCCAGAGCCCGCAUCAUGCAGAUUCACUCACGGAAGAUGAAUGUCAGUCUUGAUGUUAACUAUGAGGAACUGGCUCGGUGCACAGAUGACUUCAAUGGUGCGCAGUGCAAGGCUGUGUGCGUGGAGGCGGGUAUGAUUGCGCUGCGUAGGGGAGCAACUGAACUGAACCACGAGGACUACAUGGAGGGAAUCCUGGAGGUGCAGGCCAAGAAGAAGGCCAACCUGCAGUACUAUGCCUGAGUGACAGGCCUCACACAGGGCUGGCAGCGUGGCAUUCGGGUCUUUUACAGGCAAAAUGAGGUCUCUCGGACCUCUUAAUUGGUGGACUCCUCACAUCUCGCUGAUUAGAACCAACUCUAGUGUUCUGCUACUGAGGGAAAUAGUCACCGAUUUGUAUCAGCCAUGGAUAACAUGACAGCCCCACCCUUUAUAUGGUUCACGAAGCCUCAUUUGGCAUCACUAGUUUGUAACAUUAUUUGGU